AAUACUGCUCUUGUUUUUGCACCAACGGCAGACACGGAACUUCGGCGUGCAAAAAUUAGGCCAUAACGAAUGAUAUGGCGGAAUCAAUAUUCGACUGGUGUGGACGUUGAUAGAUUUAAUUUAAUAGAUCUGCCGAUGCAUGCAUGUCCCAACAUGACUGCGUAAGUGUUCCAUUCAGGUAAAUUAUCCUCUAUGUUCUUGUUGAAUGGUAGCCUAUCCUGUUGAGAUUGUGUCAAAUGAAAUAAUAAAUGUCAUACAUGGGCUCGAGUCUAAGCAGCCAGUGGCCUCAUUAAUUACAUAAACAGUCAAUCAGUCAUGGAAGGUGUCAUAUUGUUUUUUUGUGAUAUUUAACAUGCGCGUUCUUCUCCAUUGCCAUACGCCAGCGUGGAAUCAUAUGCACUUUUACGCAAAUAGUUGAGAAAGGCUCUGUACCAGACUGUACUGUUGUGUGAAUCUAUCCAUACUUCAAGUCAUGAGAACCAUCCGGAGGCACCGAUCUGUUACGGGCACCGAGCUGCUACUGGGACGCUGCAACCGGCUCCGGAUGUCCCGAGUUCGGAUGCUUCUCGUUUGUCUAUUCGGGAUGCUGGCUAUGGCUCUGACACUUGGAUUUUAUUUGUCGAGUAAUGAUACAAGAGAUGAUGAUGACAGUAUUCAUAUGCACGAUAACAUACAAUUUCGUGUGCCAGACCUAAUAAGAGACAAGUUGACCCAUAACCCCCGUAGGUCCACUGUGGCCCAGAUCAAACGUCUGGUGGGCCAGGUAAAUUCGGGGAGGCUUUGGUACUCUCUCCUGAGGCCCAUCAUGGUAGAGAGACUGCCAGGUACAAGAGGCAGCCGUAGGGUGCGUGAGCACAUCUACAGCCAUCUAGAGUUCCUGUCAGCGGGUUGGUCGUUGGAGGUCGACUCCUUUAACUCUGCUACCCCAAAGGGACUAAUCACCUUCUCCAACCUGCUAGCAGUCCUGGACCCCUCGGCCCCGCGUCGUCUGCUGCUGGCCUGCCACUACGACUCCAAGGUCAUGCCCCCAGCUUCCAAAACCCCCGACGGUCCUCUCAGGAGGUUCCUAGGGGCCAGCGACGCGGCCGUCCCCUGUGCCAUGAUACUGGAGCUGGUGACUGCACUGGACGUCCACCUGAAAGUGCUAAAACAACAGAAGUCACAGGUGACAUUGCAGUUGGUUUUCUUUGAUGGUAAUGAGGCGUUUGAGCAGCCAAGCCCCUCCGACUCUCUGUAUGGCUCACGUUACCUUGCUGAACAAAUGUCCCGCACCCCUCAUCCCCCAGGAGCCGAACAUACUACCCUGUUAAAUGCUUUGGACCUGUUUGUUCUGUUGGAUCUGAUUGGUGCACCUGACCCUAUGUUUGUCAACCACUUUGACAACACUGUACGCUGGUUUGAUGAGCUCAUAUAUGCAGAGAGGAGACUCCAUAAGCUGGGUCUGCUGUCCUCCCACCCCAGAGAGGGGUUCCAGUACUACACAUGAUCACAACGCCCUUCCCCUUCUUUAUGCACACUCUGGAGGACACAGCGGAACACAUCCAUUCUCAGACUAUCGAGAAUCUCACCAAGGUGCUAGUGGUGUUCCUUGCUGAAUACAUAGGACUCUGACUGACAUUUUUCCCCCAUUAUUAUUGACCAUACACAUUGAUCCGUUCGAUUUUAUGCCACAAUCACCCACCCUUGUUUUAUAAUAUCAGCCACUCUCCCACUUGCAGUUAAUUACUUGAUUACUUAGUAUCACAUCCCCACAUCAUACAUUUCCAAAGUCCUAUCACACCAGGCAAUUUUUCCACAUCACCUAUAAUCCCACAUUCUAUACCCUAUUCUUAUUGUUUUUUCUUUAUCCAUUCUGGAGCCAAACUAGAAAACUGUUGAAAUUAGGAUUGUGAUUACAGAGGCUUUUACAUACCCUCUCCCUCUAAUUAUCAUAAUCGAUGUGGGUCUCAGAUUUAUGCAAAAACACAUGGCUAAACUUGAUAAUGUGCCUUUUUUCAAUAUGUUCAGUAAAUAAGGUAGUGAACAUUAGAGUAUAUAGUGCUUCCCAGUGAGGGAUAGAAAAACAGUUUAAAAGGCGAAAUAAAGAGGUGAUAUACAGACAUUACUGUACAUAUUUGUUCACCCAAAAAGUAAUUUAUAGUCCAGCCCAGUAAUAAUAUAGCAAUAAAUAUGUGCUUUGACAAGUGCCAGAUUAUAUGGAAUAUAAUUGCAUGUAGCUAAUACCAGUAAUACAAAGUAAAAGUUUCCAAUAGUACAUAUACCCAAGAACUCUGUUGAAAUAUAUGUAUUAGGAUGAAGAUGAAUCAAAUGUAUUGGUAUGACUUUGUAUAGGGAGCAUUAAGAUAUUUAGAGAUAUUCGUCUAAAAUCAAAACUAGGUUCAGUGCCAAUGCUUUACAUAUCACUUGUAUACUGAAAGAGUUGCAUCUACCACUUAACUGGCCUAAAGUGAUAAUAACUCAUUGAAAAGUAUUAUCUAUUGCAUACUGUAUGCAUCCACUAUUGUAGCAUAACAAUGACCUUGACAUGAGGUGUCAGCCAGCAGAAUGUAAUAAUGCAUAAUGAGAAACUAUUUUAUGUGCAAUACUUGUUACAGCAUACUCAGUUCCAACAUUAUUAUACUGUGUGAAUGGAUGCUGAAACUGCCACUGUUUUGUUACAUAGCCUGGGUUCCAGUCUGUUUCUGCUAAUGUAGCACAUGGGGAUGUGUGAAACUUACUCCUCAGCCUGAAGUGUCCCUACUUGCACCAGUAUGUAGCUAGCUUUUCACGUGGUGUCGACUGGUAAGAUGCUACAGGAAGGCGGUCACGUGUGCUAGCAAGGCAGAGGUCCUGGGUACGAGCCUCAUGUGACCUGAGUCAAGAAGAAGUGGUACUUGCUAAGUAUAACGUCUGUUAACACUCAGUUGUUUAUGCACAACAAGCAGGCACCCAGGCUCCAAUUUGAGUCAUCUAAUCGCCUAUGUGAAAGAUUGAUUGAUGCUAUACUUAAGCAAUAAGGCCCGAGAGGGUGUGGUAUGUUGGACAUAUACCACAAGCCUUAUUGCUAUUGUAAACUGUAAACUGGUUACCAAUAUAAAUAGAACAGUAAAUAAGUAUUUUUGAGUCAUACCCAUGGUAUAUUGUCUGAUAUACAAGACUGAAAUACUGUUUUAGCCAAUCAGCAACCAGGACCCAAAAUACACAGUUUGUAAUGUACCUCAACCCUUGUAUUGCACUAAUAUCUGACAUUGCCUCAUACUUUCAUUGUAGGGUAUACAAAAAAAAAUGAUGUGAAAUGAAUGAUAGCUUGCAUAGAAUUCCUCUAAGAAUAUUUUCUUAAAUAAAAAAAUAUAUGAACUUG